CAACUUCUCUUUUUCUCUUUUCUCUUCUUCCAUCACCUCUCAUUCUCUCCCUUCCCUCUUCAUCCUUCCUUCCUUUCUUUUUGUUCUUCUUGUUCCUUCUUUUAAUCUUUCAUUUCUUCUGCUCAAAAUCAUGGCUCUCUUCCUUGGUCGUCUCACCCAUGACACCCGCUCGAGAGAUUUGGAGGACCUUUUUGCCAAAUAUGGCAGGGUCACUCGUCUUGAUAUCAAAAGAGGUACCAACUCUGGUUAUGGCUUUGUAGAGUACGAGGAUCCUCGUGAUGCGGAUGAGGCUGUCCACAAGCUUAAUGGACACGUUGUAAAUGGUAACCCCAUCGUGGUCGAGUUUGCCAAGAAUAACGGCCGUCGUGCUGGUGACAAUGAGUGCUUCAAGUGCGGCAAGGAGGGACAUUGGGCUCGUGAUUGUCGUGGUGGCGGUCGCUACAGUGAUCGCAGAAGAUCUCGCUCGCCUCGUCGUCGCUCACGUUCCCCUCGUCGCGAUUACAGAGAUCGCUCGCGCUCGCGCUCGCCUCGCCGCCGUGAUUACCGUGAUGAUCGUCGCGAUGAUCGCCGUGAUGACCGUCGUGAUGAUCGUCGUGAUGAUCGCCGAGACUCCCGUCGUGAGUACAGAGAGGAUUCCCGCCGAGAGGACCGCGACCGUUCACCCGAACGUUCGUCCCGCCGUGAUUACGACCAACAGAAAGACAGAGAUCCAUCUCCUGCCGCCCGUGGUCGCUCUCAAAGCCCUAACGGCGAUCGUCGUAUGCGUUCUGCUAGUCCCACUGCAAAGGAUCGUGCUCGUUCCAUCACUCCUGAUGGUCGUUAAAUACUGACAGGAGGAUAAAGAAAGGGUAAUAAUACAUACAAAGACAGAGAUUGUUUUUUGUAUGAGAGUGCUAGUAACUUCUCUUCUUUGUUGAUGUUUUUUUUCUUCUGUAUUGCAAUGGGAUCAAAUUCGCUGCAUGCAUUAAUAAAAACUGGAAAUAUA